CGGAUUAGGGCGGGGGUCCCGCCCGGAGCGGAUCCACCGAGGCGGCCCGAACGGGGCUGCGACGCUCCGGAUGCGCCGGCCCGCGCCUCCCGCUCUGAAACCCUGGAGAAAAAAAGUGAUAAUGAUUAAAAAAAACCCCCAAACCCACAAGCAAACCAAAACCACGCGCACAGUAAAAUACGUGAACAAAGAAGUCAGUGAAACGGUUCCCGGGACCCCCUUUCCCCCCAGCGCGGUGGGGCCGGGCAGUGCCGCGCCGCCCGCGCGGGGCCCUCCUAAGGCUAUUUUGGAAGUGACCCUUCGGGCGGCCGGAGCGUGGGGCGGGCGCAGCGAGCCGGCGCAGCUGUCCGGAAUCAUGACUGAAGAUGACGGAUUCCGUGGUGGUGGAGGGUCACGUCAAGUUGAGGGACGGAAAAAAGGUCCCCGUUCCGAGCGCCCCUUCGGCCCUGCGGGCCGGGGGUCCCCGACCGACGCCCCUUUUCCCCGAGGGGAGAGAGCCCGCUCUCCCUGCCCGGCCCUGGCUAACCCUGUCCCUUUGCCUCUCGUUGCAGUGGAAGAGCAGGUGGCUGGUGCUGCGCAAGCCCUCCCCGGUGGCAGACUGUUUGCUCAUGCUGGUGUACAAGGAUAAAUCUGAACGAGCAAAAGGGCACAAGGAGAGGAGCAGCAUGACCUUAGAAGACAUCUGUGGCUUGGAGCCUGGGCUCUCCUAUGAGGGCCUGAAUCACACACUCGCAAUCAUCUGUCUCUCUCAAGUUGUGAUGCUGGGAUUUGAGAACAAGGAAACAAUGUACGCAUGGGAUGUUCGAAUACGCUACAGUUUGGGGGAAGUUCAUAGAUUUCAAGUCUUUGUAGCACCUGGCACCAAACUAGAGAGCGGGCCUGCUACCCUGCAUUUCUGCAAUGACAUUCUCGUCCUUGCAAAAGACCUUCCUCCCAGCGUCAUGGGGCAGUGGAAGCUCUCAGAUCUGCGCCGGUAUGGAGCUGUCCCAAACGGAUUCAUCUUUGAAGGGGGUACCAGGUGCGGCUUCUGGGCUGGUGUCUUUUUCCUCUCUUGCGCUGAAGGAGAGCAGAUCAGCUUUCUCUUCGACUGCAUCGUCCGUGGCAUCUCCCCGACGAAAGGCCCCUUUGGUUUGCGUCCAGUCCUACCAGAUCCAAGUACAAAUCCAGCCUAUUCAGAAGAAAGAUUGGCUCAUGAAGCUUUGCAAUUAGAAAAGCGCUUGAGCUUGCUGUCCCAUACAAGUCGCCAAGGCAGUGGAGGAGAUGACAGGAGUCUUUCAAGCUCGUCUUCAGACACCAGCCACUCGGACAUCAGUGGGAGCAGGUUGACAGUUUGGCCUGAGCAGUCUUCAGCCAGCACCUCCCAGGAGAGUCAUGGACUGGCAGCUGCCAAGGGCAUUCACCUUGGGGAAGAAAAGACCCUUCCAGAAGGGGCACGUGGCACCACCAAACCACCUCCCAAGCCCCUCCGAUCCAGACAGCUGCAGGAAAUAGGUCGUCAGAGUUCUUCUGACAGUGGAAUAGCUACUGGUAGUCACUCUUCUUACUCUGGAAGCUUCUCUUCCUAUGCUGGGAGCUUGGACAUUUGCCACGGUGAUGAGUUUGGAUCAUUGCUAAGCUUGCCAUUGAACUUUCCGUCAGAUCAGAGUUUAUGUACUUGUCCUCACAGCGAGUCCCAGAGAGGUGUGGGAUCAGAGUAUCAGGUUCCCAGCUCUCUCAGACAUAUUUACGAUAUACCCAGGAGCGUGUUACAGGCAGCUUCUAAAGAUGUGCAACAGAAGAGUGCAGACUCUACGCUACCCAAGGACCAGGCCCUGCCACCUCAAGGUGUUAGUGACCCAAAACUGAGACUACCACACUUGGAAGCACGGAGGGCACCUGAGCACAGCCAGGACAGAGGGAGGCCUUCAUCCUUACUUGCAGAAAGCAGCAAGGACUCAAGUGAUGAGACAUAUGUGGAUUUUGUUUCAAGGUGGUCAGACACAAAACCACAAGGACAGGUGUCAGACUCCAAAAGUAGUGAGUUGUCACCACCUGGUGGGGCCUCAGCUGACCCCUGUGACACAUGUAGCCCCCACCUUGGGAUGACAAGAGCUCUUUUUUCAGCUUGUCCAAUCUGUGGUGGACUAAAGGGAACAGCAGUAUUACAGUCUGGAGUCUUACCAGCUACAUCAGGUGGUGCUUCUGUCAUGGCAGCUUCUGGGUCUUUGAAAGUGCAUAGAGGGCACAGUCUCCAAGCUGGUCCUAAAGGUGGAUAUGAGAUGCUAACACUUCCUUCAGAACCUGGAACUCCAACAGGCUCUGAGGAACCUGAAGGGGCAGUAGGUUAUUCAGCUGAUGUCCCUACAUCAGAUCGACCCCACAGUGAGACAGCUACCUAUGUUAAUAUUCCUGUCAGCCCUACUUCCAAAAAACAGCUUCAUUACAUGGAACUGGAACUUCAAGAACCUAGCACAAGCAUAAGAGGGAGUGGAUCAUCCCGAUAUGCACAGAUUGACAUUGCAGCCACUGAGACAGCCCACAAAGUGGGAACACAGCACGCCCAGUGCCGGGAGGAACGUUUGCAGGAGCUGGAGCAGAAGAAGAAAGGGGCUCAGCAGUGACCUGUCUAGGAAAGAACCUUUGGCUCACCACAAAUUGAUACUAACUCAUCUUCCAAAAGAUUCACACUAAUUGUAAAAAAUAGUCACACAAAAUGCUGCCAUUGCUUCUUGCGUUUAUACCAGAUUCAUUCCAAUAUCUUGAUUCCUAAUUGGAAAGCUGGUAGCAUGAGGGAUGUGUUUGGUCUUUCUUUUUGUUUUAAUUUGGUUGUAAAGUCCAGAUUUUUUUUUUCAUAUGCAAUGACAGAUGUAAGUUACCUUUUUCUAUAAUUCUAAAAUCAUGGAGAACCUGGAACCAAUUUCAGUGUUUAUUAAAUGGUGGCAUUUUCUUUAAAAAUAAAGAAAUUGAAUGUGUGUAGAUAAGAGAAUGUGAGUGUGUGUGUGGUAAGUGUGCACAUAUGUUUGCAUAUGUGCACAUGUAUGUAUGUAAACACACAUUACUGAUAAAAUAUAUGUAUAUAUCUGAGUGUAUAAAACAUGUAAAACCUCUAUUAAUAUAUUAAUGGACUCUUACAAAAGCAAGAAAAUCCAGUGCCUACUUUUUUGCAGGCACAAUUUUGUUCAAUUUAUAUGCUUAUUUAUGGACAUGCCUAACUUUACCUAUGGAUAAUUCAGCUUUAUACCUCAUCAAGAAUCCUGCAGCUUUGGCUAAAGUUGCUCAGAUUUAAAAGCUGUAGUGUCAGGGAUGCAUAUGUGUAUGCAUACAGAAAAGAGCACACAAACGAGUUAUGUAAUUAUAUCUAUAAGCCAUAGUAAUGUGAAGGGCCAUUUUGGGUGCUUCUGUUCUUGAAAACCCUAGAUCAAACCAUAAGUUUGAUUUCAUAGCUGCUGAGUACCCGUAAUACUUAGCAUUUUUUCUGGAGUGGAACAUAUGUAUCCCUUUGAAAAUCAUGCCUCAGGCUUCUCAGAUAGAAUAUUUUAAAAUCAGGGUAUUAAAAAGAAACAUUCACUUUUGAAAAUUGAGUCCUUUAUAUCACAACCCCUAUCCCGAAUGUCAACCAGCAUCAAAAGCAGAGCAUCCACAUUACAUCUAAAAAUUUCAUUGAAUAAUUCUCUGCUGUCCCUAAAAACAUAAAACCAGUUCUAUGUAAGAGGAUGAUGUCUCCAGAGAUGCUACAGAAUUGAGGCACAACAGGAUGUUAUCUUGUAAAAUAGGUUUAACCACGAGUCUGUGGCAUCCUGCUUUUGUACAGUUAGACUGUAUGAUUCAAAACCUGGUUUCCCAUGUAUGAUUCAAAACCUGUUUUCCCAUGUUGCAUUGCCUAUGUAAUUCUUCUGUUAUUUUUAUUUGUCCUGAUAUAAAAUGUUAUUUAAAUAAAAUGUUAUAUAAAAUGUUAUGGCAGUGACACUAGACUAACAAGGAAGUGUACUUAUGAAGAAAACAAUUUUUUUCCUGAUAACAUAUCAGCUUUGGCUUCCAGACGUUACCAGGAAUGAUAUCCUGGGUAUUAUGAUUUUUUGACCGUGUCUUCUUAAGAUCCAAUAUCACAGCCAAAUUUUUAGAUAUAUGUCAUAAUUUAUACUGGUGACUGAAAGUUUUGUGCCAGUGAGGGUUUCACUAAAUGACUUAGGAUAAGAGAUGGGUGUUUGUUUUUGAGGCAGAAUUUAACCUAUAAAUUUAUUUGACUGUAGCCUCAA